CAAAAACAAUCAUUCUCUUGUACAUAUAUAUGCUUUCUUGUUUACAUGUUUAUGUGAAGUACAGAGCACAGCACCCACACUGACACCUGUGGCUGGGGACCUCCAGCUGUCAGUCACGUGAGGAACUAAAAGUGCCGGCGAGGCGAGGCGAGAUUGGCAAAAGAUUCACUUGGUGCAGGCGCCUGGGCAGAAAUCAAGCUGCUGGCCAGGGAAGGAAACUUCUACAAGCGCGCAAAGUGAAUCAAACAUGGCUCUCCCCACCUGAUCAAAGCUGCAAUCUGAUUCUCCCAACCUCUGGCACUCAUCUACUGUCAGUUCCACCGAUGGAAGAAUCAUCCUGUCUCUUCUGCAACAACCCCUCAUUUGAAGCAGUACCAGCGUCUCAUUUGCGCCGCCAUCCAGAUCAUGUCGGCUUCCAACCCAACCGCUGCUCAACUCGAGCUCAUUGAGUAUGUCCUCCCCAUCGCGUCGUACCCAUCUUUUGUGCUGGGUCUCUGCUAACCUUUGCUCAGGUCUCUGACUCAAGAUGAAAUCCCUAUCAAACUUCGAUGCGCCAUUUGUAGUCGCCUGGCUGUCAACGCGUUCCGCCUACCUUGUUGCGACCAGAUCAUCUGCGAGACUUGUACGUUUUUGCUCUCCCAAAGUUGCCAAUCGACGACUUCUAACAUCAGUAUUAGGCCAGUCAACUCUCCCCUCAUCGUGUCCAGUUUGCGAACAUACCCCAGUUUCCGCCGAAGACUGCAAGCCCAACAAGGCUUUGCGAACUACCAUAAAAAUCUUUCUCAGAACUGAAGAGAAAAAGCGCGAGGUUCUCCGUCAAAAGGAGGUUAAGGAUACUCCUCCUGCGACACCUCUUGAGCCCGAACCAAUUCCCAUCGAAACGGUUGCUGUCACGGAGCCCAUUGUGGAUGAGAGCAAAGUGUCGGGACCUGAGAAUACUGAGGCGGAACCACAAGUUGAUGGACCACUCGUCGAUCCAGUCAACGAGGAGAGAACUGAUCAAGCCCAGCAAGACAUUCCCCAGGCAUCGAUCGAGGUAAGAUCCAUUUGAAUAUCCCUAAUUUUCUCUGGAUUCAUUUUAAUACUUGUGCAGGAGAUCGCGCCAGGCCAAGAAUCUACAGCUGAAGGCGAUGUCGAAAAUGUCGACAUCAACGCAGCCGAGAAAGCUGAUGAAGACGCCACUGAAAAAGGAUUAGAUGAAGAAGCAAAGCAAGGCGCGGCUCAGGCGGCGGGUUUUGGCUUCGAUCCCAGUGUUGCAGGAGGCUUCCCCGGAAUGGGGAUGGGCGGUGAAAUGAAUCCCAUGAUGCAGCAAAUGCUCAUGAUGCAAAAUGGCAUGGGCGCAGGCUUUGGCAAUUUUCCUAUGAUGGGUACGUAAAUUUUGGCGACCUCCAAGCAAAACCAUUCUAACUUGUGUUCUACAGGAAUGCCGGGUAUGAAUAUGGAUCCCAUGGCGAUGCAGGCUAUGCUUAUGAAUGGUGGGUUUGGCGCUGGCAUGAAUGGAAUGCCUAUGGGCAUGGGCAUGGGGAUGGGGGGAUUUAACGGCGGUAUGGGCUCUGGCUUUAAUAAUGGUUGGAACGAUCAAUCAUCUUGGAGUAACGAUAACUUUUCAAAUCAUCCCAAUGGUCAAGGUGAUUAUGGAAACAACUUCGGAAGCGCUCAUACAGGAUAUAAUCAAACUAAUAAUUACGGGCGCCCAAAUCAGUACAAUGACUACCAAAAUGGGUAUGGACCUCAAGGAUACCGUGGGCGAGGUAGAGGCAGAGGUGGCGGGUUUGGCCGCGGUGGCGGGUUUGGGCAUGGUUCUAAUGAAGCCUUCUCACAGCAGCUCCCCCAGCAGUUUGGUUCAGGUCAACAAGCACAUGGCCCUAUUAGUGAAACAGGAACGGUACCAACUGGACCUAAAGCUGAUUCUGUGCCCGCUGGAAAUGUCGAUGAGUUUGGACGAGAGAUUCGUGCCAAGUCAGGAGAUCAGGAAGAUUCUUCCGAAAAGCCCACCACAGUAGCCGGUGCUGAGCCAAAUAUUGACGGAAAUGUUGUUGAAAGUGCCCAAGCAACUGACGGUGGACCAGAAUCAUAUGGAAAUGGAUCAACCGAGGCUAAUGAGAGUAGUACUAUGCCAAUUCAAACAUUUGAUGAAGCACAGGCUGCCGCAUUUCAAGCCAACGGCCACAAUGGAUACUACGAUGGAUAUAUGAACGGCAGUGGAUAUGGUGCAUCAAAGGGCGGUUUCUCGCAGGGCUUCCGCGGUGGUCGUGGAGGUGGUUUUGGUGCUAUGCAACCUCCUGUAAAGCCCGUGGAUGUGCCAAUCAAUGCCCCAAAAGGUCCAAAAGCUAUGCGUGAGGGUAUGCCUAAUACAAGUAUUCGUGGUCGACCCUUUUCCAUAGCAGCCCGUGGCAGCUCAAGGAAUGACGCUAGUGCCAGUGCCAGUGUAGCCCCUGAACCAUCUGACAAAGAACAACGAGAUAGAUCACCUUCAAGAGAGCGAUCCAGAGAGAGAUCUAAGUCUCGAGAAAGGCGCCGCAGUAGAAGUGGAAGCAGAAGUAGACAUCACCGCCGCCACCGGCACCGAUCCAACUCUCGUUCCGAGGACGAGAGAGAGACGGAGGAGAGAAGAGAGCGCAGGAGAGAGAGACGCCGUCGACGUGAAGAAGAAGAAGGGCAACGUGCUGCUGAUGACGCUGUCGAUGAAGCCGCCGAGGAGAAAGGUGAGCGAGUCAACGAUGACCCAUCUAGAUCCAGAUCUGCUUCGCCCUCAGACUCACGACGAUCUGGUCACAAGAUUCGACGUGAUAGAGAUAAAUAUCGGGAACGUGAUCGAGAAUCCGAACACAAAUCAUCUUCCCACAAACACAGAUCUUGCCGACGUUCUCAUCGCGACGACAGAUCUAGGAGCCGUGAUAGAGAUCAUCGUGAGCGUCGACAUCGUCACAGUCGACAUCAAUCCGAAGACGCUGCAGACAAACCGACCACCACACAUGAUACAGAGGACAUUCAACCCCCAGUCGAAGCAGACGAGUCGGCUCGUAGACCUUCGAUCAUUUCCAAUGGAAAUAACGGAAUUGAGAUCAAAGGGGUAAGUAUCAAAGGAGCAAGCACACGAAACAAGGCAUCAUUAGAUGAGAUUAAGAUCCCGACUGGACCUCGCAAAGACCGUAUUUUGUCAGCCAAGGACCGAGAGAAGGACAGAGGUUCUAGCAGUCGAAAUCACGACAAAGAUUACCACUCGUCUCGCCACCGUGAUUCGGAAAGGUCUGGUCGCGACAAAGAUCGAGACCGAGAAAGAGAGAAAGAAAAGACGAGAAGUAAAGGAGACACUAAAUCAGCUCCUGCACCUACUGCUCAAGACCCGCAUACGAUGGAACGCGAGGCGAGAAACCGAGAGAGGUUACUCAAAGAAUCACAACGUCUAGCAGCUCUUACUGGUGGUGAAAGUCGCAAACGAAGUCGUGAUGAUGGCGAUGAUGCCGGUACUGGCAGAAAGGGAAGAAGGACAGGGAAGAGCAGCAGAAGAGGUGGUGCUGUCGUGGGAGAUGAGGAAGAAGCAAGACUAGCGAGAAUGGAGGCAGAGCGUGAAGGUGCAAGAUGGAGUUGAGAUCUAUCCCCCAACUGGACGGCAUGAGUUGUCGUAUAUACUUGUACAAAUGCUUUUGCGGGCUGCUAUUUUGGACUCCAUCCGAAUAUUUCGAUUUUCCCGGACGAAAUUUCUCUGGGUCACCUACUCCAUCGAGUGGUGAUGGGUAGUUUAGUUGUGAUCCAGAUUGCAUGUACAUGUACAAUCUGGAUUGGAAGGAACCAAGAACUUGUACAUUAAAUGGUUGGGCGCUGUUAGCGUGAGGAUGAGCAUGAGGCAGGCGCUGAGUAGAUAGCACCUGCGUUCAGACAUAUCAAUGAAAAUAAUUCAUGAAGGCGA